AAUAAUUUGACAACGAGAAACAUAUUUUUUGAAUGAUUUUAUGGACAAAUAUAUAUAGAAUACAGACUCAUUACACUUUUAACAGCAAGACUGUGGGCAUGGUUCAGAAGUAUAUAUAAUAAUGGUAGAGAUUUCUUAGUUUCUACUCGCACUGUGGUAGAACUAUGUGGAGGCUCAAGAUUGCGGCUGAGGCUGGAGAUGGCCCUCACUUGUUCAGCACCAACAACUACGUAGGCAGGCAGAUUUGGGAGUUUGAUGCAAACUCAGGCUCUCCAGAAGAACGUGAAGAGGUCGAUAGAGCUCGUCAGAAUUUUUCCCUAAACCGUUCUUGUUUCAAGGCUAGUGCUGAUCUCCUCUGGCGCAUGCAGUUUCUGAGAGAGAAGAAGUUUAAACAGAAAAUUCCUCAAGUAAUUAUAGAAAAUGCAGAGGAAAUAACCUAUGAAGACGCAAGGGCAGCAUUGAGGAGAGGGGUACUUUAUUUUGCGGCCUUACAGGCUGAUGAUGGACAUUGGCCUGCUGAAAAUUCUGGUUCUAUGUUCUUCAACGCCCCCUUUUUCAUAUCCUUGUACAUCACUGGCCAUCUUGAGAAAAUUUUCACUCCUGAGCAUCGCAAAGAAUUCAUGCGUUACCUGUAUAACCAUCAGAACGAUGAUGGUGGAUGGGGAAUACAUGUGGAGGGCCACAGUGUUAUGUUCUGUACAGUCCUCAACUACGUCUGUCUUAGAAUUUUUGGGAUGGAUCAAGAAAGUGUUUGUGCAAGAGCACGUAAGUGGAUCAUCGACCAUGGUGGUGCCGCGUAUACGCCCUUGUUUGGAAAGAUUUGGCUUUCGGUUCUUGGAGUGUAUGAUUGGUCUGGUUGCAAGCCCAUGCCACCUGAGUUCUGGAUGCUUCCUUUGUCGUCUCCUUUUAACGGAGGAAUUGUUUGGAUUUAUUUACGAGACAUUUUCAUGGCUGUGUCAUACUUGUAUGGAAAAAAAUUUGUCGCUACUCCAACACCUCUAAUAGCACAGCUCCGGGAAGAGCUUUAUCCUCAGCCAUACAACAAAAUCAAAUGGAGUCAAGCGCGCAAUCUAUGUGCAAAGGAAGAUCUAUACUAUCCACAGUCUUUUUUGCAAGAUAUGUUUUGGAAAAGUGUUCAUGUGUUCUCAGAGAACCUCUUAAACCAAUGGCCUCUCAACAAGCUCCUAAGACAAAGAGCUCUCCGAAAGACAAUGGAAAUAAUUCACUAUCACGAUGAAUCCACUCGAUAUAUUACCGGUGGAUGUGUACAAAAGCCGUUUCAUAUGCUUGCUUGUUGGGUAGACGACCCAGACGGUGAUUAUUUUAAGAAACAUCUUGCUCGAGUCUCAGAUUUCAUAUGGAUAGGCGAAGAUGGUCUGAAAAUCCAGUCUUUUGGUAGCCAGUUAUGGGAUACGGCCUUAUCGCUGGAGGUCUUGUUAGCUGCUGACAUGGAUGAUGAGAUUAGCUCAACGUUGAUCAAAGGAUACGACUUCUUGAAGAAAUCUCAACUGACAGAGAACCCUCCCGGUGAUCACAGGAAAAUGUUUCGAGAGAUAACGAAAGGCGCGUGGACCUUUUCAGACCGAGAUCAAGGAUGGGCUGUUUCUGAUUGCACUGCUGAGAGUCUAGAGUGCUGCCUAAUCUUUGAGAGCAUGCCAAUGUUGGGUGAGAAAAUGGAUGCAGAGAAGCUGUACGAUGCCGUUAAUUUGCUUCUAUACUUUCAGAGCAAGAAUGGAGGUUUAGCUGUGUGGGAGCCUGCUCGUGGGAAUACCUGGCUUGAGUGGCUGAGUCCCGUGGAGUUUGCCGAAGACUGAUAUGCCUCUAAGAGUGUAUGUGUCGAAGAAGAAGCAACAGAAAGGGAAGGAGACAGUUAAAUGAAAAGCUGAGCUGGCAUUAGUUGCUAGAGUUUUCAUUUAAGUAAUCAAUAAUAUUGUUCACGAGUCUUGCAUUAGAAAAGGCUCGUUAGCCAGUUACGGAGGGGGCGUUCUGUUGAGAAUCAUUUGUGGCUUGAUCUCGAGCUGUGAGAUUCAAGAGUUGGCUUAGUACUCUGUGUGUAGAGACUAGGAGGGGUGGUUGGGUGGUUCGUAAUAAGAAUACUCUUUAGUUCUUAACAAAUUGGUGUGGUGGAGCGUUAUGGAUCGAAUCGAUCGCGACGAUGACGAGAGCGACGACGUUGGAAUCGUUAGCACAGACGGUGGCGUCGAACUACGCCGAACAACAAGAAUCGACGGGGAUGCUACGAGCAUCGAUGAAGAGCCUAGAAGAGAAGUUCUCCGAACUUUUCAACAUCUUAACCAAGGGUACGGCGGCGAC